AUCGCGUCUCAGCACAUAGAUCGUGUACCUUCUAUAGGAUUCUAUAACAGAACACAACUUCUCCCUGACUCAUACACUUUAGCGCACUCCAAUAAUAAGCACUGCCCCUUAUGCAUGGCUUUUAAGCCUAGUUGGUUAUUUCCCUUAGGCCAUCACCGGACAGAUACCUGAGGAUGUAAAAGGACACCUGAGGAUGCAUGAUAGCCCUGUACUUAUAAAUUGGAUGCGGGCUAAUCAACGGGCUGAGUGACGCGAAGAAGCUCCUUCAAGUUGUAUUUUCUACCAAAUUGGUGUCUCAUAAUACGAAUUAUCGUCAGCCUUCUUUUCUUGCAGUAUUUCGUGCGCACAUAUGGAAAGCGGUAACAAAUUGCCAUUGGCUGGACUACAAUAAUUGGAUCAGCCCUGUGGCAUCCCAGUGAUGUCGACGGCAUCAUGUCCAGAUGACACUUUUGGGCCAUGGGCGGGUCCUCAGUGUCGCGGCGGCUUCGACUUUACUUUGCUUUUCGAAGAAACGAUUCUCUCUAUUCUGAUUUCUAGCAUCUUCAUCCUCCUCUCCCCAUUGCGGAUUCUUGCGCUUUUCGCUGCGCCAAUAAGAGUCAAGUCAAGUCCCUUAGACUUGGCCAAAAAGACUAGUUCGAUAUGCUUCGUCGCACUGAGCGCCGCCCUCGUUGGCCUCUGGGUGGUGAAUUCGACCAAGUCGGCUUCUUCUGCCAUUACUUCCACGCGCGCCACGAUCGCAAGCUCUGUGCUUAAUUUGAUUCUCUCUCUUCUAUACGUUCUUUUGUCCAAUCUCGAGCAUCGAUCGUCCUUUCGUCCAUCGUUUAUUAUAUCCAUUUAUUUGGCUCUGUCAAUUCUCUUUGAUACAGCGCGCUCUCGCACGUUAUGGAUGCUCCCAAAUGCUGGCAGCAGUUCUAUUCCUGCUGUCUUUACGGCGAGCUUAGCAUUGAGGGCUCUGAUGCUCCUAUUUGAGUCGACAGAAAAGCGGUCCAUCUUAACAGAUGAAUACAAAAAUGUUUCAGAAGAAGGCGCAAGCGGGCCUUACAAUCUGGGCGUAUUCUACUGGCUCAGCUCAUUGUUCUUUACUGGUUACAAGAAGAUUCUCGCGCACGAAGAUCUAUACCAACUUGACGACACAUUACUGUCCGAGCCCUUGGCGGAAAAAAUGUCAAAGGCUUGGGAAAUGGUAUCUGACAAGAGCAAACCUGGCGCGCUCCUUGGUGCUUGGGUAAAGGCGUUUAUAGGCCAUUUAGCAAUACCUAUAAUCCCUCGACUAUUCCGCAUUGGCUUCACUUACGCCCAGCCUUUUUUAAUCACGGCUGCAAUAAAUCUUGCAGCUACGCCACAGACACAGCAAUUUAAUAACAACGGCUACGGACUCAUUGGGGCUUAUAUUCUCGUCUACGCCGGUAUAGCUGUAUCUAUAACUCAAUAUCAAUGGCAUAAUUGUCGCAAUGCUACCAUCAUGCGUGGUAGCCUAAUACCACUCAUCUAUGAACAAACACUUCAUAUUGAUUCGGCGAGCUCGUCUAGGUCUACUCCCAGCGGCACAUUGACGCUUGUGACUACGGAUAUUGAAACAAUAUCUGGUGGAGUCUUGUUAUUUCAUGAAACAUGGGGCAACCUUCUUGAGAUUGGAAUUGCCAUCUAUCUUCUGGAGAGGCAAUUGGGUGCCGCAUGUGUGAUGAGCGUGGGCUUUGCAAUUGUUGUCAUGAUUAGCUCUGGUUUUUUAGCGGCGCCAAUUGGAAAGCAUCAAGCAGCGUGGAUCGCGGCAUCACAGCGCCGAGUAACUACAACGUCAAAAGCUCUUGGAAGCAUGAAGUGGCUGAAGAUUUCGGGCCUCACUGAUGUAGCUUUCAAUGGGAUUAAAGAGCUUCGAACCCAAGAGCUAGCUGUAUCAACCAAAUUUCGUUUGUUCCUUGGGAUCACUCUUGUGCUCUCUAUUUGUACCCCCAUUUUUGGCCCGCUUCUCACUUUUGCUACCGCUGCGGGCAUGGCCUCUCAUGGCAAUGGAGAUUUAACUAUUGCGAAGAUUUUUACAUCGUUCUCCCUCAUCCUUCUGCUCAAUACUCCUUUAUCUCUAUUUAUUGCCUCAUUGCCUGUGAUUGCAGGAAGCGUGACAUCUUUCCAAAGAAUUCAAGAUUAUCUUAACGAGACUCAACGGAAGGAUACUCGCAUUUCGCCUCCUCAUGGCAAUGCAGAUGGCCAGGUUGCUGAAAUGGGUUCCUUAAAAUCUGACGUUAUUGCUUCAAUCCGGGGCAAAUUUUCUUGGCCUGAAGAGGCAACAUCGGCCCAAAGUGGCGAUACCGUACCUAAAGACAGAUCUGGCGACGAGAAUCAAGAAAAUCAGGCCCAUCACAACAAAACGCCAGUCAUUGAUAUCAGUCCUCGGAUCGACAUCCGCCGCCAAACAUUAACGCUUAUUCUUGGCCCCGUCGGCUGUGGAAAAUCGACUCUUCUAAAGGCCCUAUUAGGAGAGUUGUCGGAUUUCGAUGGCUCAAUCCAGACACGAUUUUCUGGUGCCGUGACAUUCUGUGACCAAACUCCCUGGUUGCCAAAUGAGAUGGUCAGAGAAAUCAUUUGUGGAAAAUCUGCCCAGGAUAUAAAUGUGAUUGGAGAAAAAGAAAUGGGCCAAGAUGCGGAUUGGUAUCGUCGCAUUAUAAACGCUUGCGCAUUAGAAAGGGACAUAGCUAUGUGGCCACAAGGAGACCAAACAACCGUAGGGUCCAAGGGAAUCUCAAUCAGCGGAGGCCAGAAACAACGCUUGUCAAUUGCGAGGGCGGCCUUUGCUCGCAGCGAAGUACUAGUAAUGGACGAUUGCUUUAGUGGGCUUGAUGCGAACACAGAAGAUACAGUCUUUGACAAUCUUCUAAGCAAAGAAGGAAUUCUUCGAAAAGCGAAUAUGACUAUAGUCCUUGCGUCCUCAGACUAUCGCCGUGUCUCAUAUGCGGAUCAAAUUAUAUUCCUAAAUGAGCAAGGUCAACUUCGGUAUGCGGGAAGCGUUGAUAAUCUCAAGGAAAAUCCAGACUUUAGUUGGCUUUUGAGAGAUCCUGCUGCUGCGCAAGCUAGCAAAAGAUCACGAGAGGGUGGCGCAAAGAGCGCGAGAAAGUUAGAGUCUUCAACAAACUCAGCAACAGAUGCAGCCGCUACUGCCGAUCUUACUGGAGCACUUCAAGCUGAUGCUGCCAGACAAAUGGGAGAUUCAGCUGUCUAUAAGUUCUAUCUUGAGUCGGCUGGCUGGCCUACAUUAAUUGCUUUUGUUAUUGCGAUUAUCGUCUUUGCUUUUUGCGAUUCUUUUCCUAGCGUUUGGCUUAAAUGGUGGGCUGAGUCGAAUGAAAAGGAUCCCAACUCCAACCUUGGAAAAUGGCUUGGUGUCUAUACAGUUCUUUCAAUAGGGGCUUUUAUCUCAUGUCUAGUCGCCGCUUGGGAACUAUUUAUCGUUGUUAUUAACCGAUCUGGCCUCUAUUUCCACGAUCUCUUAGUCAAGACUGUCGCACGAGCUCCUAUGUCUUAUCACACAGCUACUGAUAACGGAAUCACUGUGAAUCGGUUUAGUCAGGAUCUCCAAUUGAUUGAUAUGGAGCUGCCAGCCUCAGCUCUAAGCGUGAUAAUAACGCUUUCUUUCGGUGUCGCGCAGUUUGUCUUGGUUUGUGCUUCAUCAAAAUACAUGGCUGUUGUCAUACCAUUUCUUGUGGCUCUACUCUAUGCCAUUCAGCACUUCUACUUGCGUACUGCGCGGCAACUGCGUCUUCUUGACAUUGAAUUCAAAGCUCCUCUCUACUCACAGCUUAUGGAAACUGUAUCUGGCCUCGUAACUAUUCGGGCAUUUCACUGGGAAUCCCGCUCCGCCGCCAAAUAUAUGAAGAUCCUGGACAAUUCACAGCAACCAAACUAUUUACUCUUCUGCGUGCAGCGAUGGCUGGUGUUUGUAGUGAACAUCAUGAUCAUGCUUCUUGCAGUUAUUCUAAUUGUCCUAAUAACGACUUUGCGGGAGAAAAUUGGACCUGGAUUUGCAGGUGUUGCAUUAAGCAAUAUUCUUGCAUUUGGUGCUACCAUGGAAGCCACUAUCAGCAGCUGGGUCCAAUUCGAGAUUUGUCUGGGAGCAGUUGCUCGCAUAAGGAGCUUCUCGAUGCAUACAAAGAGUGAAGAUGACGAGGCUGUUGAUGCUUUGGCUUCAGAAGGUCGGAAUGAACAGCUUACGGAGCCUAAUCUCAACGCACUGGACAGCACAUUUUGGCCGAGCAAGGGUCGUAUUGAGAUUGAAGCACUUUGUGCUUCAUACCCAUCAUCUGGGCGCGUUUUGAAUGACAUUACUUUAUCCAUUCAGGCUGGAGAGAAAGUCGGUAUUUGUGGUCGAACUGGAAGCGGGAAAUCUUCCUUGUUCCUGAGUCUGCUUGGACUUAUUACUCAAGAUUCAGGUAAAAUUAUUAUUGAUGGCGUUGACCUGUCGGCAUUGCCUAGGGAAUGUCUACGCACUCAUAUUGUUGCUGUGCCUCAAGAGGCAUACAUCUUGGAGGGAACGGUGCGGCUUAAUGCUGAUCCUUAUCGUAUCCAAGAUGGAGAUGUCCAAUCCGCUGCAGUCAACUCGGAGAGACGCGACCAGGAAAUCAUCGCUGCCCUUGAACGGGUUGGCCUAUGGAAGAAAAUUGAGGCUCGCGGAGGCCUUUCUGCAUCUAUCGAUGAAAAGUUCUUUUCACAGGGAGAGGCUCAAUUGAUGAUCCUUGCUCGCGCGAUGCUCCGAGAAGGAGAAAGCAGAGUCUUGCUCUUGGAUGAAGCCACCAGCAGCCUGGAUGAAGCAACCAGCAAUACUAUUAAUGGGAUCGUUCGAACCUGGUUCAAAGACUGGACUAUCCUCGCCAUUGCACACAAAUUGGAUGCCAUUCUCGACUACGACAAAGUCGCCGUAUUAGACGAUGGAAAGUUGAUGGAAUUUGACGCUCCACAAAAGUUAUUAUCUCAGCAAAAUUCCAUCUUCAAGGACUUGUAUCUCUUAUCAACUAAUCAGUAGUCUGCGCCAUUAAGCUGGCAACAGACUCGCAGAAAAUCUCGACACUAGCUAAUGGGUGGUCCCGAGUCGAUCGUAAUUGAGCAUGAUCGAUCAUCCACCUAGUCACCUACACAACUGUACCAACAGAGUCAACAAUCUACAUGGAGAUAUCUUCACUCGAUUCUUAACGCCCUAUGAUCUCCCCUACUUACCAUUGUAAAAUAGAAUAAAGUUUAGUGUAUAAUAGAACAAUAUCUAAUAGAACAAUAUCUAGAGAUGUUAGACGCUUUCGCUCUCGAUUUACU